AUGGCGGCCGCCGCGCAGGGCCCAGGAUGGCGAGGAGGCGACCAGAUGGCGCCCGAGUUUGGGAUGCCAGGUGGGCGGAGGUUUCGCAGAGGUCCAGGCGAAGGUUUUUUCUCUUUUCCCGUGGACGCGUGGGAGAACGAGGAGGGGUCGGUGCCAACUGCGAAAAAUGAAGUCUUGGCUGCGCCGCGACAGCAGCUCCAGUUUGUGCAGGGAUUUGGAGCCGAGCGGCGGGUAAACGACAGAGCGGCCUCCACCUGCGCCUGUGCGACGAUAGAGUCAUCUCAGUUCAAUUUAUCUGUGUAG